UUUUUUUUUUUUUUUUUUUUUUACUAUAGAAGCCUGUAACCUAGAGAUUUAAAAACACUGCUUUUAGGUCACUACUACAUUUAUCUAGAAGGUUCUUCCUUUCUUAUUCCAAAAUGUUGAGAUACUGGGGAGAGAUACCCAUCUCAUCAAGCCAGACCAACAGAAGUUCUUUUGAUUUGCUCCCACGGGAGUUCCGUCUAGUGGAAGUCCAUGACCCACCACUGCACCAGCCCUCAGCCAACAAGCCCAAGCCCCCUACAAUGUUGGACAUCCCCUCAGAGCCAUGCAGCCUCACCAUCCAUACUAUUCAGCUGAUCCAGCACAACCGACGUCUGCGCAAUCUCAUUGCCACAGCUCAGGCCCAGAGUCAGCAACAGACAGAAGGUGUAAAGACCGAAGAGAGUGAACCUCUUCCCUCUUGCCCUGGGUCACCUCCUCUUCCUGAUGACCUCCUGCCUAUAGAUUGUAAGAAUCCCAAUGCACCAUUCCAGAUCCGGCACAGUGACCCAGAGAGUGACUUUUAUCGCGGGAAAGGGGAACCGGUGACUGAACUCAGCUGGCACUCCUGCCGGCAGCUUCUCUACCAGGCAGUGGCCACAAUCCUGGCCCAUGCAGGCUUUGAGUGUGCUAAUGAAAGUGUCCUGGAGACCCUUACUGAUGUGGCACAUGAAUAUUGCCUUAAAUUCACCAAGUUGCUGCGCUUCGCUGUGGAUCGGGAAGCCCGGCUGGGGCAGACUCCUUUCCCUGACGUUAUGGAGCAAGUAUUCCAUGAAGUGGGCAUUGGCAGUGUGCUCUCCCUCCAGAAGUUCUGGCAGCACCGAAUCAAGGACUAUCACAGUUACAUGCUACAGAUUAGUAAGCAACUAUCUGAGGAGUAUGAAAGGAUUGUCAACCCUGAGAAGGCCACAGAGGACACUAAACCUGUAAAGAUCAAGGAAGAACCUGUGAGCGACAUCACAUUCCCUGUCAGUGAGGAACUGGAGGCUGACCUUGCUUCUGGAGACCAGUCACUGCCCAUGGGAGUCCUCGGGGCUCAGAGUGAGCGCUUCCCAUCUAACCUGGAAGUUGAGGCUUCACCACAGGCUUCAAGCACAGAGGUAAAUGCUUCCCCUCUUUGGAAUCUGGCCCAUGUGAAAAUGGAGCCUCAAGAGAGUGAAGAAGGCAAUGUGUCUGGGCAUGGCGUGCUGGGCAGUGAUGUCUUCGAGGAGCCCAUGUCCGGGAUGAGUGAAGCUGGGAUCCCUCAGAGUCCUGAUGACUCAGACAGCAGCUACGGUUCCCACUCCACUGAUAGCCUCAUGGGGUCCUCCCCUGUUUUCAACCAGCACUGCAAGAAGAGGAUGAGGAAAAUAUAAAAGCACUGGUGACUUGCACGAAGAGUUCAUCUAAGCCUGUACCCAGAACAGCAGACACACCCACCACCUGCCAAAAGCAUCAAUGCCACUGAGCAAACAACUGUGUAUUUUUAAAUGCUGUAUAUAUUACCUUAUUCAAAUGUCAUAAAAUCUUCAUGAAAGAAGUUUAGAUACCUCAAGAAGUCUCUGGCAAAGGGUGAAGCUAAAACAAAACAGCACACAUACUCAAAAGCCAUGGAAAGAAGUUUAUGGAAAAGAGAAGACUGGAUAAAAAGAAAAUUAGGAGAAACACACAACGAGGCUUCUCAUCUAUUCCCUGUCAAAUCUAACCACUGCUUGUUCUCUAUAAAAAUUAACUAUCUCUGGUGCCUGGGUGGCUCAGUCGGUUCAGUGUCUGCCUUUGGCUCGGGUCAUGGUCCAAGAUCCUGGGAUGGAGCCCAGCAUUAGGCUCCUUGCACAGGAGGGAGUCUGCUUCUCCCUCUCCUGCCCCUUCCCUUGCUCAUGUUCUCCCUCACUCUUUCUCUCAAAUAAAUAAAAUCUUUUAAAAAAAAA